UGCCCCUCUCCGAGCUGCCCCUCUCCGCGAGCCCUCAGUGUCUGGAUUUAUGUUGUAGAUAGAUGGGCUAGAUGCCACACGUCAUAAGUUUACGGGCUGCAAAGUUAAUAGUCUGAAUUCUUUUGCCGUUUUGCUUCAUUUUAGGUGUUUUUUUCCCCGCCCUCUUCUGCUUGGAUACUACUGACUUAGGCAUUGGAUAUGUGCACACAAGAUGAUGACAGCCCCUUUCCUCCCCGUAGAAGUAAAAUAAAAUAGGCUUUCGCACUCACUGGAUUUACUCCUGUCGUUCCAUAUGAAGAAGUCAAAAAUUUGGAUACGUGUCUGUGUCUAUUUACUGCUGUUCAUCACGCUGGGGGUACAUUCAAGUCAAUUUGACGUCAACACAGUGACAGAUGACAUCUCUAAACUCGCUAUUUUGAGACAUAAUAUUCCUAAAGAUUACAGAAUUCCAGUUAAUUUCGUUCCAAAAGAAGAGGGUGGGAUGUGUUGGGUAAAACUCAAUAUCUACUACUUGGAGGAGAGUUUAGACCUUUUAGCGAAUAAGUUUGGAAACAUUUCGUCCAACAGUAAAGAUAUUAACAUUUUCAUCCAAAUGCUCCAAGAACUGCGACUCAAAAUGGGCUCUCUGGACUCCAUCAUGUAUGAUUUUGAGUGCCACUAUAGGGAAGAGAAGUGGGAGACAGCACAUUACUUUGAAUUUGUCAAACAGUUCCUUAUAGCAGCAGAGCAUAGAGGAGAUUCAGAUGCCUGUGAUCCUCCUCCUUGUCCGUCUACACCAUACACAGAAACAACACAAGAAGUAUCAUCCAUGUCCAGCACUGAAGGCCCAGUGUGUUCAACGCCAGGCUGCAGUACAUCCACGGAACAAAGAUCCAUAUCUGAGAUGGUGGAGCGAAGCCUUCUCUCCUUACUGCUAAUUCCACUUCUAGGCAUCGUAUUCUUGAUUGUGUGGAAGAUCCGAUCACGGAGGAAUAAUGAGGAUCCUCAGCAGGACCCAGCAGGUGGACUUUACUCAGACCCAGAAUGGACUGCGCCUCCACUGGACGAAACGACAGAAAAAAACAAGUUGAACGUCAUCGCGACAGUGUAAUACUAAACCUUCAAUGUUCCUCGGCGUACUUGGGCUCCACACUUUUCUCCUGGUGGCGUCCAACGGUGGUGAAAAAGCAGCAGGAGGCUGAAUUUCAUAGCGAGAUCUCAGAAGUGAAAGGCCUGUUAUUGACUGCUCUCCAGACUCACAACAGCAGACUCACAACUGCCAGGACUGAGAUUUUCUCUGGUUAAAUCAUGCCUGCUACAUAUGGACAAGCUUGCCUUUCUUGUAAGACUGCAUUAACCAACCGCAUGCUUUUGAAUAAAAACACUGUGUGAGAUUUUGGCAGAGACAAACCCCCUGUAUCACACCUCCACUGGAUUCUCUGGCUUCUGCGAAUCAUCCAUCAGACCCUUCUGUGUCGCGAAUUCUUUAGGGGAAAGACAAUGGAUGAUGGAUAUGGAGACCACUGAUGAUAAUCACGGAAGCGCUAGCAGUGUGAACAGGGCACGCUGGCUGUGACCUUUUCCCAUUAGGCCGACAGAGGUGGCAGGACGCAAACAUCUGUUUCUGUAUGUAGUUUAUUGUGUCGCUAUCAUGUCUGUGGUCUUACAUUGUACCAUGUCCAUUCUUGGUUUUGUGCCUUGUUUCAUUAGUGUGAUUAAGUCUGUGUGUAAAUUUAAAAAAGGCCUGUCAGCGUGUCUAUGUGGUAGCAGACAGCGGAGAGAUUGUUACAUGGCAGAUUAGACCAAUCUCAUCACAGUAACACAACAAAUUUGAUCUCCAAAUCCCUCCCCCCUCCCUCUCUCGCUCCCUCUCUCUCCCUGUCAAAUAAACUUACACGAUGACCGAUUAGUUGGCUUGACCUGUACCUAGUUAGGAUUUGGAAAACAGUAUGUUCAGUACGUACAAUAAAAAAAAGAAAAAAAAAAGAAGUCAUAUCAGAACAAUCUGCUGUGGAUGUAACUUGUGACAUGUGUGGCCACAUGUCACGAGUACAUAUUACAUGUAACCUUUAGGAAACAGAUCAGCUGGUAACUAUGUUUGUUUCAUGUGUAUAUGGGAGUAUAUGUUGGGACUUUUUUCUUAGGAGAUGAGAGUAUAUUAUGCUAAAUAAUUAAAUCUGUGUUUGAAAAAAAAAAAAAAACGUAUACCACAUUGGUGUUCAUAUAAGCAGCAGUGACGUCCAGCAUCAAUACCUGGAAUUCUUUGGUGUGGUCAAGUAUUGUCUGUUGUAUUGAACUGCGAAUGACUUUAUUCUUCCCAAAAUGCAUCUUUGAGGAGCGCUCAACGUGUGACCGUCGCCAUCAUUUCUAUGGCAUCCUAGAUCUGAAGCUCGGUGUUCAUGGAGUUCAUAGUGACGGUACCUCCCACAGGAACGCGUCUGAGUGUAGUGGUGUCGUAAAAAAACAUGCUGUUAUAUUAAAGCCUGAAGCUGAUAACGUACACUCAAAAAUGCAUUUUGGAUUGAUCAAAAUAUUAGAUCCUACUAUCUAUGGCAGUUUAGACGCGAGACUUACUCUUCAGUCAUCUUUAGGAUGUACUCUUUUACAUGAAGACUAUUACAUGCAGUGCUCAGUAUUCUGAUGGAGAUACAGUUCUAGUAAAGUCAAAAUCAAGCUAUCAGGCAUGUCGAAUGUCGCUCUUUUAAAUAAAUAAAUAAAUAUUAUGAGCCGCAA